CGUUCUGUUCAUUCAACGCUGAAAGUUUGUUCGAAAAAUGCUGCUGAAAUCGUUUCUUCUGGUUUCUUUGUGUGCAACCUAUUCCUUUGCAGGAAUUUGUCAAGAUGUGUUCAAGGAUCCCUCCGAAGAUCGUCCUUUCUUCAAGGUGCUCGAAUCGCAAGGUGUGGAAAUUUACUACCCGAAACGUGACCCUAAGCAAGAUAUGUUUGGCAUAGAGAUCUACAAAAACCAAGAUCUCCGUAAGAAAGAUCUGAAUUGUGACCUCUGCGUUAAUACGACCCAUGUCGAGUAUGGGUGUUUCAAAAUUAAAAGCACCAUGUUGUCUGUCGCUCCUCGCGACGUGCUGAAAUAUGUAACCUUAGCCAGCUUCACCGGAAAACCCGAAAUCACCGUUUCGCCAGCCAAAAAGGCCGAGUUCACAGAUUACGUAAUCCCGGCAUCGUGCGUCUGCACAGAUCCCCCCGCCGGUUAUUGUGACAAGGCGUCGAACAAAAUCACCGAUUACCGGCCGCUGUUCAAGUUUCACGAAUCGUCCGGAUUUGUCGCUUAUCUCCCACGAGCGCCAUCGACCGCUGCGGUUGGCCUUCAGGCGCUCAAGAAUGCCAAUUUCCGCCCCGGCAUCAGCAGCACCAGUGCCAGCGCAGCGGCCGGUGAGCAGCAGAAGCAAAAACUCGAUUUGAAUGUUGAUUCGAUUGCCGAGCGGAACGGGUGCUUUGUGUACGAGUCGUCAACGUUGCGGUUUGCCCUGGGGGAUCAUAUCAAUUUCGUGGUGACCGGAAAGAAAACCGGUGGCGAAAAAAUUCGCACCGAUCCGCGGAAGGUGCACUUGAGGGAUUACUUCAUUCCAUCAACAUGCUCUUGUCCAGCAAAUGAAUCGAAUUUGGUUAAACCCCAAAAGUCGACAAGGCAUUGAUAUUGG